AUGGCGGCGCGCGCCGGCGACACCGGCCUGAGCAAGGUCAGGCGCUACUGGCCCGGGAGGGCGCCGGACUGGGCGUGGGCGGGCGCCGCUGUCGCUCACGACGAGGACGACGCACGUCUCGUCUCGACGCUUGACGAGAUCAAGCACGUGGAGGAGGAGGUGCUGAGGUCGCCGCGCCGCCGCCGUGUGCGGCGGGCUCCCGAGAUCGCGUCGGCGGCACCGGCGGUAGAUGACUGGCACGAGCCCGAUCCGAUCGAGGAGGAACAAGACGAAGAUGAUGAUGAUGAUGCCCGGGAGGAGCGCAGAGCGAGGAUAAGGGAGAGGGCGCUGCUCCUGAGGCGGCAUGAGGAGGAGCAGCUUCUUCUUCUUCACCCGCAGCAUCAGGAGGAGGAAGAUGAGGAGGCGUCUGAGUCUGAAGAGACGGCGGAAUCGGACUCCGACGUCGGCGAGCAGAUGGCCGUCGUCUACAUGGCCGUGCCACUGUUUAUACCAAAGCCGCGGCGUGACACCAUCCGGCUCAAGGAGGAAGAACGGCAGCGACUUGAGGACGAGCUGCACCGGAAGAGGCUCGAGGACAGGAAGGCUCAGACGAGGCAGAUCCUGCUCCAAGAGAUCAUCAACGAAGAGCUCCUCGCCGCCAACACAGCUUCAGAUGAAGCCGCCAUCAACGGCGUGGACACCGACGACGAGGUGGACCAAGCCGAGGAGUACGAGUCGUGGCGGCGCCGGGAGAUGGCGAGGAUCAAGAGGAUCAGGGAGGAGAGCGGCAUCGACGACGACAAGUCGAUCAUGGAAGACGAGAACCCGGUUGCUGAUCGUCCCAAGAAGAAGAUGAAGAUCAAGAAGCAGAUGAGGUUCAUGCAAAGAUACUACCACAAGGGCUGCUUCUUCCAACAAGACGCCGACGAUGCGGCGCAGACGGCAGGAUCAUGCGAAAUCUACCGGCGAGAUUUCUCCGGGCCGACCGGGUUGGACAAGAUGGACGUAAGCGUCUUGCCCAAGGUGUUGCAGGUGAAGCACUUUGGGCGGCGUGGGGGAAGGAAGUGGACGCAUCUAGUUAACGAGGACACCACGUACAGGACACCACGUACGGUGAGUGAUUUUGUAUCUAUCCCCACAAUUUUGUAA